GGUGUGCGCGCCAGAACCUCUGCGCAGGCGCACUGCUUCCCGACCUGACGGCGCCGUCUUCCCGGGUCCCGAGCCCUCCGAGCUCCAGGACUCUGCCCUUUUCGGAAAGGAGAGCCCACAGGAGGGAAUGGCUGCUGUGUCCCCAACUGCCAGACAUCAGGAACCUGUGACCUUCGAAGAUGUGGCCGUGACCUUCACAGAGGAGGAGUGGAGGCACCUGGUACCCAUUCAGAGGGACCUCUACAAGGAGGUGAUGCUGGAGAACUAUAGCAGCAUUGUCUCUUUGGGACUUCCAGUUCCUCAACCUGAUGUGAUUUUUCAGUUGAAGAGAGGGGAAGAGGCGUGGAUAGUUGAUCCUCAUGGAUCGGAGAAGAGAGAAUGUCCAGAGAACAUCUCUCUAGACUGGGAGACCAAGCCUGAGAUUCAAGAUGCUUCAGAAGAAGAAAUCUCCAAAGGAACAUUGAGGGAAAUGCUUGGCAGUAAAGGUGCUCUGUGUCCUAAAUUUGAAGUUCAUGUACCAGAGACUAGGUUGGAAACAGAGAAGGACAACCCUACAGUGGAGUCUUGGAAGAAAUUCCUUUCCCAGGAGAAAAGCUUGCAGCAAGGGUCAAUCCCUCCCAAGAAAAUUCUCGCCAAAGAGAGAGACCAAGAAUGCCGGGACUGUGGGAAGACCUUUUUUGACCACUCAUCCCUUAUCCGCCACCAGAGGACUCACACUGGAGAGAAACCCUAUGAAUGCCACGAGUGCGGGAAAGUCUUCAGUCACAGGAGCAGUCUCAGUAGACAUCGGAUGUCUCACACUGGGGAGAGCCCCUACGAAUGCAAUGCAUGUGGGAAAGCCUUCUUUGACCGUUCGUCCCUAACUGUACAUCAGCGAAUCCAUACUGGAGAGAAACCCUUUAAAUGCAGCGAGUGCGGAAAAGCCUUCUUUGACCGUUCAUCCCUUACUCGACAUCAGAGAAUUCAUACUGGAGAAAGUCCUUAUGCAUGUAAUCAGUGUGGGAAAGCCUUUAGCCAGAAAAGCAUUCUUACUCGACAUAAACUGAUCCAUACUGGUAGGAAGCCUUAUGAAUGUAAUGAGUGUGGGAAAGCCUUCUAUGGCGUCUCAUCAUUGAACAGACAUCAGAAAGCUCACACUGGGGAACCUCGAUAUCAGUGUAAUGAAUGUGGGAAGGCUUUCUUUGACCGCUCACCCCUUACUCAGCAUCAGAAAAUUCAUACUGGAGACAAGCCAUAUGAAUGCAGUGAAUGUGGGAAAGCCUUUAGCCAGCGAUGUCGGCUUACUCGACAUCAGAGAGUUCAUACAGGAGAGAAGCCCUUUGAAUGCAGCGUCUGUGGGAAAGUUUUCAGUUCUAAAUCAUCAGUCAUUCAACAUCAACGACGUUAUGCGAAACAGGGAAUAGACUGAAUCGGGUUAAAGCUUUAGUCAGAAAGAAAGGCUAUAAAAACUUAGGAUAGGCGUUCUCUAUCUUGAGUUCAUCAUGGGAUCGUCCCAUCCAUUCUGGCUACUGUUCUCACCUCCUGCCUCUGCUACCACAGUGUUUGAAUAAACUCAGUACCUACUAUGUAUAGAACUGAUAUGGGAUGCCUGAAAUUAGAAUAUAACUAAAGAUCCAGAAUUUAGGAGAAGCUUAUGAGACAGUAGGAUAAAAGUUAGGAGGAGAUACUCAGACACACUUCUUGUGUGAACGUGAGAACUAAGGCCCCAGGUAUGACUGCACUUUAAAUAACUGGAGGCUACAACAGGAGGGAAAAGACGAAAUGAUACCAGAGCACCACUGUUGCUUCCAGUACAGUUCUUUUUAUAGCUGUUAGUCCCUCUUGGAGCUUGGAGCUUUUUAGGGCAGUGACCUUGUUCUUUUGUGUCCCAGCUUUUAGAUAUCUUAAUACUACUAGUAAUAAUAGUUAGCACUUAUUUGGAACUUAUUAGGGGUAAGCAUUCAGCUCAAAGUUUUACAAGGAAUAGAUUCUUUGGUCUUAACAGCCUUAUUAAGUAGGUACUGUUACUAUCCUCCAGAAGUCCCUGGGUGGUGCAAAUGAUUAAGUGCUCAACUACUAAUCAAAAGGUUGGCAGUUCAAACCCACCUAGAAACACCUUGGAAGAAAGGUCUGGUGAUCUGCUUCCAAAAAGUGACAGCCUUUAAAAUCCUUUCGAGAGCAGUUCUACUUGGCAAUGCAUGGAGUCUCCAAGAGUUGGAAUCGAGACUCGAUGGCCACUGGUUUGGGAUUUUUUUUUUUAUUAGACUCAUUUAACAGGUGAGAAGAGUGAAGUUUAGAGAGGUUAAAUAACUUGCCCAAAGUGACCAAACCAAAAACCAAACCCAGUGCUGUCAAGUCGAUUCCGACUCAUAGCGACCCUACAGGACAGACUGGAACUGCCCCACAGAGUUUCCAAGGAGCACCUGGUGGAUUCGAACUGCCGACCCUUUGAUUAGCAGCCGUAGCACUUAACCACUACGCCAAAGUGACAGAGCUAGUAAAAUGUGAAACCAGGUCUUGAAUGCAGGUCUGCCUUCAAAGUCCGUUCUUUUUACCAUCAUGCUAUAAGAUUCACUAUUUGUUUUAUAAUUUGUGUAUAUGUAUUAUCUCCUCAGCUAGAUUGUAAGAACUUGGAAGUGUGAUGUAUAUGUCUUUAUAUCUCACACAGUGCCUUAGAUAUAAUAGGUGCUCAAUAAAUAUUUAUCUGAACUGAUGACUUUUCUAUUUCCCAAGUACUGUCUACUCAGAACACGUCUUAGAUUCACAUUCUUUCUCUGAAUUUUCACAGCCUUUAUCCCUCCAGGCUCACAUUACUCUAGUAGUCACUUCCUAAUUCGAGUUCUUCUGUCUUCAUUGCUGAAGAGGUAUAUGCUAAGCUAUGGGCAGUAACAAAUAAAUCCCAAAUAAAAUUUACUUCUUACGUAAAGUCUGCAUCGGUCAGUCUGACUUACUCCGUCCUCAUCACUUAGAACAUAUGGCCUCCAAGAUCAUCACUUAGAACAUGUGGCCUCCCAGGUCAUCACUUAGAACAUGUGUGGUCUCCAAGAUCAUCGUUGUAGAAGAAAAAGCAGGAAGAUUUUGUGGAAUGUUGUUAAUGGCCAGGCAUUCAUCAUUUCUGGCCACUUCUCAUAGGCCAGGACCCAAGUAAAGUAAACAAGCACCUAAACAUUUGGUGAACCCAAAUAGCCUCUGCCAUAGUUAAAUUUCGUUGCAUAUUACUGUUUGGAGUCUUUCCAAAUGACCCCUUUCUGCCAUCAUUGCCUUCCUCAGGACCUAAUAUAGCUCCCUGUUAAAUGAAAACUUCUCUGAAUAUCUCAGGUCUGUCUUAACAUAGUCCUACAUUGCUGAACUUUACCUCCUGAUGCCCAAAACUCUUUUAUUCUGUAGGCCCAGACCCCUAUUUUUAUUUUAUUAAAGCUCAGGCACUGGAUGACCUUGGCUCUAGGUGUCAGCAUCCUCUCACUACUUUCAGAAGAAGCCUUGAGGAGGACUUGACUGAAGGGCUGUCUGGAACCCAGCUUGCCCUGCAUGAAUCCCAGUGGACCAAGAUACAUUUCUCCUGGAAAUUAAAGUCAGAUUCAAGAAGCUGGAAGUCUUCCUCUGGAGGACCACAAUGGAUGUCAAGUUCCUAAGCGGUACAUGUUGUUGAGGCAGAACCCCUGUGGUGGAAAGGUGGAAAGAAGCCAAAGUGGACCAUGCUGAGCUGUGGAUAACGGGACCCCAGUGAAGGUGCUUCCCUGAGUAUGCAUUUACAAGAGAUUGAAUGUACCGAGGAAAUUUACAUAUUUGCUUAUAUUGGUGGUGGAAGCAUGAAGAUCAUAUGGCACCAAUGUGGAAGUGUAAGGACACAGCUCUAAAAAAAAAAAGCCCUGGAAAACUCUAACAACUUCCCCCCCAGAGCCAUUAAAUACCAGAUCAGUGUGGAGAGAUGCUAAGCCCUAGUGGCACAAUGGUUAAAAUCUCAGCUGCUAACUGAAAGGUUGGCGGUUCAAACCCACCAGCAGCUCCACAGAAGACCUGGUGAUCUGCUUCUGUAAAGAUUUUAGCCUAGGAAACCCUAUGGGGCAGUUCUACUCUGUUCUAUAGGGUCGCUAUAAAUCAGAAUCAAAUCUGCAACACACAACAGCAACAACAUACUUGAGUCCAGGUAUUUCGGAUCAGCUGAGUCCCUGUGUGGUGCAAACGUACUUGAUUGCUAACUGAAAGGUUGGAAGUUUGAAUCCACUCAGAGGCACCUUGGAAGAAAGGCCUGGGGGUCUACUUCUAAAAAAUCGGCCAUUGAAAACCCUAUGGAGCAUAGUUCUGUGAUACACGUGGAGUUGCCAUGAGUUGGAGUUGGCUCAGUGGCAACUGGUUAAUAUCCAAUAGAAAUAUAAUGCAGGCCACAA